AGCGAACACGAGAAAAAUUGUAGCGAAAGCGAAUUAAAGUGGGAACGGCUGCUAUUCUACGCAGACUUCUGGAAUCAAACAACAAUUCCAUUAUAGCAGUACCAUCUCCAAGCCGUUUUUAGGUAAAAAACGCGUGGAAAUCUGUUAAAAAUGGGCUAAGAAAAAUUUGGAGCGAUGUUAGGGUAACGUGGUCUUCUCAGAUCAGUCAUUUGUAGUUUUCAACUUAGUCUAAACAAAAGGUGGAUUUUAAAAGAAGACAACGAUCUGAGACGCUGAAGCCGCCCGGCUCCGCAUGGCAUGGAAACUGGAAAAUGAAGUGGAAACGUAACGUUCAGGAAUCAAGCAAAAGUUGUACCCGAAGAUGCCAACCUAUUAUUGACAACAAUGGGAACUGGACAAAAUAUACCAUUCAUUAAUAGGUAUAUCCUCUUUUUGGAAGAAUGCAAGAAAAAAUGGAAACAUUUACGUGAUUGUUUUAAUAGAUGCAAAAAGCGCGAUGUGCAGUAUCCGAAGGAAAUUUCUGGAGACGGGAAGCGAAAAGUGUGGCGUUAUAUGAAUCAAAUGGAAUUUUUAUCACCCUUCUUUAACCAAAAACUGAGCCUUCAAAAUCAGGAGGAUACCGGCUAUAAUGAAAGUGAUUACGCUGAUUCACCAGCGCCAGCACAAUCGAUGCAAGAAGAUGUUGAAACUAAAUUAGAGGGUGUUUCAAAGAUCGACGAAGCAACUAUCGGAAAUGAAAUAAUGGAAGAAGAAUCAAUUCAAGAUUUCGAAUCGGAAGAAGCAGAAGCUAGGAAUACAGAAACAAUGUUUCCAAAGUUCAUAGAAACCACUAUCCCGUCUUAUUCAAACAUGUAUAGCUUAAAGACAGAGGACGACAGCACAACGUUGAUGUUUAAGCUACUAGACCGUAAAAUAAAGCAAGCAUCGCUGACUGAGGCACAAAUCUCAGAUAUGGAGACUAACGUGAUGUUGUUCGUGUAUAAAAAACUAGCCGAAUACAAAAACUAGGCUUCAUUUAAAUAUGAAUAAAUUUCCUCUGAGGUGGUGUUGCCAUAGUUAGUUAAAUAAAAUAUAUGUAUGAAUACAUAUGCGUUUAAUAAUAUGGAGAUGUAUUUCUAAAUUUACAAUUUUGGAGUUUUCAUCAUGCAAUUGAAAAGCUUGAUAAGGAGAAUAGCAAAAUAAAAUAUCGAAGAUAAGUGUCUUUCCAUCUGCCUUUUGGUAUACCAACUAAAUGAAUUGAACAAACUCGUUUUCCUUGAAAAAUUUAAAUUUUGAAAUAAUUCUGUAUAUUAAUAAUCAUGGGCUAAGUAGGUAUGUGCCAAUGUGUGCAUAUUAGACAUACCAGAUAUGUACAUACAUAUGUAUGAAUAUGUUUUCCGUAUCCCCUCCUAAUAAUUAUAAUCUCCUUAAACAAC